AUGGAGAGAGGAUGGGAACUAAACAUCGAUAUAUCUUCAAAUUGUCCCCGGUGUGGUUCUUGUAACACAAAAUUUUGCUACUACAACAACUACAGCUUGACACAACCAAGGUACUUUUGCAAGGGCUGCUGCAGAAUGUAUUGGACAAAAGGCGGAUCCCUCAGGAAUGUACCCGUUGGUGGUGGCUGCAGAAAAAACAGAAGGGGAAAGUCCUUAUAUAUUAAGGCUUCCACUGAUGGUGUCCAGUCAAGAAGUUUGGCUCAUGGGAAUCUCCCAAAUGGCUCAUUGGGUCAUUCGUAUGGGGCCGAAGGGAGUUCCUCGUUUGAGUCCACUAGCUCGUCGUCAAUGAAGCCUGCUGGUUCACAGAUUGAUCUUGCACUUGUUUAUGCAAAUUUUUUGAAUCAACAGCCUGAUUCCAAGACGACAGGGUUCGAGUUGCCUGAAUUGCCUGAUUCAAGUUUGGAGUCUUUGAGUGUGUCAAACACAUGA